AUGCAAACAGGAGGUAUAUUCUGUGUACCACGACUUGAAAUUUCACGGAACGAUAUUCCGCUGUUCCCCUGCGUGCGGUCGCGAAGCGUCUUUCGCAUCCAGGUCACGCUUUCGAUUGAUUGCUAUUGCUGUGGGAGCACAUAAAAGUAGAGUACCUUGAGAAAGAAAAAAAAAAUUGAAAGCGCGACCAAGGUUCGCAAAAGCGCGCGACGGCACAGCGGAAUGUCGUUUGGUAAAAUUCCAAGUCGUGGUAGACAGGCCGUAUAAAACUAAGAUAGACGUUACGCAGCUAAAUAUUCAAGUUUGCAAAGAUUCAAGCACCCAAGAUUGGUGUAUGCACAAUCCACGCUCACGAAAAUUCGCGGACCAAUAUUUCUUCCUACAAUCCUUUUCUUCAGGCAAAACUGACGUUCUUCUUCAGAAGGAGCUGGGACUGUAAAAAAGUCGAGAAGCUGGGCACCGUGUUGAGGCAACUGAAGAAAGUAGAGGCUGGUGAGCCCUGGACGGAUGCCCAGUUGGCCAAGCUCCAACGCAAAAUGAGAAGAGGAUAUUGAAGUCCGUUUGUGCACUAAUAUGUUCCGUUGAACUUAAUUAAUGGAACGUCUUAAUUUUUUUUUCUUGGAAAUUCUGAAAAAUUUCUUGAAAUUUCGAUCCUUGCCAUAGUCGACUCUUCUUUACUUGAUAGUAGAUUGGUAAAUUGGCAAAAAAGACGACUUUUGUACUUUUUGAAUUUUUUUUUUCUCCCUGUUUGAUAAUUUACAAUAAACUGACUAGAGAAAAUAUUCACUUCUUUCAAAUUCCAGAAGCCACUUAUCGCCUACACAAGGAGGCAAGAAAAAAAAUUCAGCGUCGUCCGCGACGCCGAACUGUUCAACAUCCAGGAUCUCAUCCGACAAAUAA